UUAAUAAACACUAAUUAACUUCAAAAAGCAAAGUUACUUAGAAGCUUUUUUUAUAUUGAAAUAAAAAAAAAUGACUAAGGUAGCAUUAAUUGUUUUGAUGGCUUGCAUGUUAAUAGCAAGUUCUCAUGCAAAAGCAACAUUAACAUGUGAUCAAGUAACCAUAUGGUUAACACCAUGCAUACCUUAUGGAAUGUUGGGAGGGAGUGUAUCACCUAUGUGUUGCCAAGGUGUUCACUCUAUAAAUGCUGCUUAUAAGAAUGGUGAUGAUAGAAGACUUGCUUGCCAGUGUAUCCAAGAUAAGGCUGCACAAAUCCCUUUACUUGAUUAUACACGUGUUAAUCAAAUUGGUGAAUUAUGUGGAUCUGAAUGUCCCUACAAAGUUUAUCCCUCCACUGAUUGCUCUAAGGUUAAGUAAGCAGCAAAGGGUGCAACAUAUACCUUGAGAUUAUUUUUAUUAUAUGGAGAAUAAAGAAAUAUUUUGCCUUACUAUAGAAAAUAAAAUGUACAGAUCGUAUGUAACGAUCUGGUGAAUUUCUGGAACAAUAUAAUAUCAUCUUUUAUCAAUAAAAAUAUCCACUUUAAUUAAA